AUGGCGGCGCUCUCGCCAACGAGAGCGGCGCCCGCCUCUCUGCUCGCCAUGCCGACCGAGAUCGUCUGCAAGGUCGCAGAGUUGCUUGACUUUAAAGAUUUCCAGUCCUUGCGCCUCACCUCUACUGCACUCGAGAAGAAGUCUACCUACCAGUUUGCGAAGCGCUUCUUCACAACUAUCAAUCGCUAUUUCACUAGGGAAGAAUUGCGCAUUCUCCUAGACAUCUCCCAGAGCACGAAAUUCGCCACUUCUGUCAAGGUCCUCAAUCUCCGCGCUGUCCAUGUCUAUGAGCCCGAACAUGAUAUGCUUCAGAUCGAGUAUAACAAUGAUACUAUUGAGGAAGAGAAUAAAUGCAUUCUUGAUCGGUACAAGAAAGCAAGCGAAGAGAAGUCCUCCAGCGAACUGACCGGAUUGCAUGCCUCCAUGAUGACAGCAGCCUUCACCAAGCUCGUUAACCUGGAUCACAUCCAUCUUGUCGAUAGCUAUGGCCCUUCGUAUGGAGAUGAUUUCACAGGAUGGUCAGAAUUAGCAGGCAUAACACUACCAGUGUUCUCUCAUUGGGCUAUGCCGGUACUGCUGUCUGCGAUCAUGACAAGCGGGUUACAAGUGAAAGAGCUAGAAUUUUCGAAUUACCUUGCAGACGAGUACGGAAGUUUCUCCCGUAAUGUCAGAUCUAGGAUGCCAGAAUUUCAUUUCUGCUCUUUGGACUCAGUUCGCAAAUUGGAAUUAAGGAGCACAGACGCCUGGGACAAAAAACGACGAGCGUGCGAGUACAUUGUUGCGCUUAUCUUAGCCUUUCCUAAACUACACAGCUUACAUCUGGGGUUCGACUGGGACUGGCUCGACAAAGCUCUCGCUACUGGUCGAAUCAUGGCAUCGUUGGCAAAAUUCGUGCAGCUUGACAACCUCCGCGAGCUUGUACUGGAUUUUUCGGUGCAUGCAACCGCGUCCCAUCUUAUCCGCUUUCUCCGAAACCACAAGGACACAUUGAAGAGGCUAUCCAUUACUUACGCCAGAUUGAACGAUGGCUUCUGGAGUUCUGUUAUCGAGGCCGUAAGAGAUACCUUAAACCUGGAAAGCUUUGUCUUUGAAAAAAAUGGGUAUCGUCAUGGAGGUUAUGUUGGUUUCGAGUGGAUCGGCAAAGGCCCCUUCGCACUAAGCUCUUGGAGUACAGGGGAGGAGCGUGAUGAGAGACUUCAUGGAACUGAGGAUAGCCGCCCGUGUAGCGACACGAAUUGUCGAAGUGAGGACUACGUAUACGUUCAUCAUGGCGUAGAUGACGGAUGGCUGCUUCAGGAGGUGAUCAUGGAGAAUGGUUUCAAGGAGGCUUUGUCGGAAAUGAUUGAAGUUUGCAGUGAAACAAAUUGACGACACGGCAUAAGGGCGGAGCAGUGGCGACUGGGAAAGCUGGGAGGCUUCUAAAUUUUUUGGCUAGGCCGAAAUGCGGCUAAAUGGAUCAGGUAGCAAUGAAAGGCAG